AUGAGCGGAUACACCAACCCCAACUUGCCCGUCAAGGCCACUACCGCUCGCGUCGGGCGUGAACGGCAACGAUACAAUGAAAAAACCGGAGCUCGGAUCGUCGCUGGCUGUAUAUGCUUGAACGAGUCCAAAACCAAAGUCAUCAUGAUCUCAUCUUCGAAAAACAAAGGCCGGUGGGUCUUGCCCAAGGGAGGCAACGAGUCGGACGAGCUGGAAUUGGAGACUGCCGUGCGUGAAACGUGGGAAGAGGCGGGCGUCGAAGGUAUAAUUGUGAAAAAACUCCCCAUUGUCUUGGACUCAAGAGGGCACAAGGCUCCCGUGAUCCACGGCGAGUUCAAUGAAAUCAUACCCAAGAGCGAGUUCCAUUUCUUUGAGUUGCUGGUGGACCACUUGAGCACCGACUGGCCCGAGCUACACAAGAGAGAGCGAAGAUGGUGCACUUACUCCGAGGCAAAACACGAAUUGUUGAAGCUGAAACGACCCGAGCUUGUUGAAGCGUUGAACCUGAGCUCAAUUAUUAAAGACACAACAAAUGAGAACGUAGAUGAAUAUUAG